AAGACACCUUUGCAGUAAUAAUCAGGUGCAGCUGUGUGCGAGUUUUUCAUGAGAUCUGCUUGUCUGAAAGGUGGGAUGUGUCCUUUUCGGCACAUUAGCGGAGAGAAGACAGUGGUUUGUAAACAUUGGCUUCGAGGAUUAUGCAAGAAAGGAGAUCAGUGCGAAUUUCUACACGAGUAUGACAUGACGAAGAUGCCCGAAUGCUAUUUCUACUCCAAAUUUGGGGAAUGCAGUAAUAAAGAAUGUCCUUUCUUGCACAUUGACCCGGAAUCUAAGAUUAAAGACUGUCCGUGGUAUGACCGAGGGUUUUGCAAGCACGGCCCGGAUUGCCGACACAGACACACACGGAGGGUGAUCUGUGUUAAUUAUCUAGUAGGCUUCUGUCCUGAGGGCAAGUCCUGCAAGUUUAUGCACCCACGCUUUGAGCUGCCUAUGGGGACGAAUGAACAGCCACCUCUGCCUCAGCAAGCUCAGACCCAGCAAAAGCAAAACGCACAGAACUUGAACAGAUCAUCGUUGUCACUGAUCCAGUUAACCAGCAACAACUCCAUUGCUAACAUCAACCAUCAAAAACCUCCACACAUUCUCGGAGCUUCACAGCCUCAGAACAACACGGGCGGCUCCCGAGGCCCUCGCCCGCUGGACCAGGUCACGUGUUACAAGUGUGGAGAGAAGGGACAUUACGCAAACAAAUGCACAAAAGGACACCUGGCUUUCCUAAGUGGACAGUGACGUUCUUCUGCACCAUGUAUCUGCUAAUAAACUGCUGGAAUUUCAUCUCAUAAAACGUACAAGGAGUGGUCUGUUAGCUUUUCAGUGGAGAAGUCACCGUACACUCGUGGACAUGCUGGACCAAAUCUGGUUCUCGGCCAAGAUCACUUCUGUGUGCAGAAUGAAGAGGAAAAAGAAAGGAAAAAAAAAAAAGUCAAGCUAGGCUGUUCGAGUUGAGUAAAGCAAUGUAUUGUUUUUAAUCUCACGAUGCUGUACUGGUGGGAAUCUAAUGGGAAAUAAAAUACAGGGUGUCCUGAAAUUCUUCCUCCUUACAUAGGGGAAAUUAACACUUUUUAGCAAAAUGUAACUUUUUUUUUCCCCAAUGUAUCCUCUGCAUGAUUUCUUCGUGAACACACAAGAGUCGUAGUCUCUCCCACUCAUGGUGAACUCGUGUUAUGUGUGUAAUUGCAUGUCCAAUCUCAACCUUGAGACAGCUUCCUGAUCCAGCCAUGAACAGGAUUUCAAUACGUUCUUCUUUGUCAAAGGUGUUCUUAAAGGCUAUCUGGGGGAAAGAAAAAAAAAAAAGGGUUCAUUUCCCCCUAUGUAUGGAGAAUUAUGGGACAUGCUGUUUUGUGAAUGCUUGCAGAAAAAUUUAAGAAAAAAAACUAACUGGGGAUGAAUGUCGUACUGUUCAAAUUCACUGUUACACAGCAUUCAUUAACACCUACAGUACUACGGUCAGGUUUCAAAAAUAGUACCAGAAGACUAAAACGGCAUUACUUGAUUUGAGUUUUGAUUGGAUAUAAUUUUUACUGUAUGCAGCAGCUGCCUUUUUUUUUUUUUUAAACGAACCUUCUGAAUUUACAUGGCAGUCGCCUUUCCGCUGUGGAUUUGGGUUUGAGUGAAAUGAGCGUGAUUUGUUGAGAAACACUUCCUGUGUUCUAGUCAGUGAACUUCCAUGAAAGAUGUACCAGUUACGUUACUUAUAAAUUGUAAAAGUUGAGGAAGUAGAUGUUAGUACUAAACCUUAAGAAAUUCACAGUGAAAUUAGAUUUUUUGUUUUUGGUAGUGUAGAACAGCUGAUUUUAUGUCAGAAUGUCUUUAACAUAAUCAACACUUAAAAAUAAUAAAAUAAAUAAAUAAAACCAACACAA